GGCGCGGGAAUCUGCGAGUGGCGAGGCGACAUAGGCGGCUGCUGCCUCGUCAAUCCCGGGCGGAAACAUCGACCGCGCGAGGAGACACCACUGACGAGCGGGGAGGGUGUUGACCCCGCUGCGCGCGCGCGCGCGCCUCUCCUCCUGACUCCAGCGGAGUUGCUUGGAUGUGUGCGACUGAGGCACCUGGCGGCGAGGAUCUCAGCCGUAGCGUGCGUUCAUCACAUCGCGACCGUCCAUCGCCAGCCGUCGAAAAGCGAGACGGUCGUCCGCGUGCGUGACGGUCUUCCGCGCGACGUCGAACGGCGAAAUUAUCGUUCGCGCAUCGUCGCGCGCGGCGAGACGGUCGUCCACGUUUCGUCGCACCGCGAGAUGGUCCUUCGCGCGACGUCGCAUGGCGAGAUCGUCCGCGUCGUCGCACGGCGAGAUGGCCGUUCGCGCUUCAUGGGCCCCGCCUCUGCCGCUUCCGUCCAUCCUCGGCGUGGGGACUUGGAGGAGCCUGCAUCCUCGGCGUGGGGAGUCUAUUUUUGCGGGGCCUCAAAAAUGGACUUGGAGGAGCUUGGGCUGCGCCUCUGCCCCUUGCCCCCAGCCUCUGCGGCUUCCGCCCGGUAAGCGCAUGCUCCCAGCUGUAGGGGGGGCGAGUAGGUCACUGUCUAGGCCGCCGCCGCAUGGUAAGUGCGUCUCCCUCCAGUCGCCUUCGUUUCUCGGCUCGAGUCGGUGUCUUUCCUCCUGCUCGCGCUAACAAGAGCUUCUGCGUGGUCGGUUAUUCCCUGUCGCUUUGGGGGGUGAGGGGGAAAUAUCCCUCCACCCC